GUUCCUCAUCGCACAAAUACUUGGCACUGUAUCCAUUCAUCUUCGUUCAUCGGGACGUAUUAUGCGAAUAUUUUACGACGUUCUUACAUUACCGUGGUCAAUUUCUUGCCUGAUACAACUAUUAAUUUGUUUUUCCAUUAUUUCAAGUCCCUGUUUUCCAUCUAAUAUUACACAAAUGGCCUUAGUUCCGUACGACCCCUCAUCAAUCGUCUUAUCUUCUUUCCAAGCCAAAGAAAGGAGCUUCGAAUUUGCGGGAAGAACUUUGACUGUCUUCCAAAAUUGGGAUAAAAUUGGCGUUGCAGCGGUCGUUUGGGAUGCAGCAAUUGUCCUUGGGCGAUAUUUAGAGAAGAAAGCCCCAGAACUUCAAGGAAAGAAAGUAAUCGAGCUCGGAGCUGGGACGGGUGUUGCAGGAAUUGUAGCAAGUUUCCUAGGGGGCAAAGUGACCAUAACAGAUCGUAAAAUGGCUAUAAAUAUUACGAGAAUGAACGUCGAGGGAAAUUUAGGUGACAACCAGAGGACUGUUGAGAUAAAAGAACUAGAAUGGGGACAAAAUGUGACAUCGUUUUCACCACCUUUCGAAUAUAUUUUAGGUGCAGACAUAGUUUACAUCGAAGAGACUUUUCCUGCUCUUUUGAAAACUCUUCUAGACCUUUGUGACGGAAAUUCUGUGGUCUUACUGUCAUGUAAAAUACGUUAUGACAGAGAUGUGCGGUUUUUAGAACUUCUGUCGAAACACUUUCAUUAUAAAAUUGUUCUAUAUGAUGAGGAAUUAGACAUAAAGGUUUAUAAAGCCAGAAAGAUCAGCUGAAUAACGUUGUAACUUCAAAAAUCUCAACAAGAAUCUUUAGUGGUACUGGAUUCAAUUUGGGAUGAGCAUCUGUUCAAACUUAAGCCAAAGUCAGAACUAUAUACCCCACUCCAUAUUUUGCAGAAUGGUGUGCAUUUGAAAGGUGAAACGUUGGAAUGAAAAUUUCAUCAGCUUUUGCAUAAAUAAAUAAUAGUAAAUGUCA